CAGGAUGGUGCUGGAGGCGGCGGAGGCGGCCGUGGUGGCGGCGGCGUCGUUGGCGGCAGCGGGAGGGGGUGCGGUGGCGGCAGCGGCGCCCGCGGGUGGUAUAAAAUGGCGGAUUUCGAGGAGUUGAGGAGUGGCUGUACCAUUUUACAUCCCUACCAGCAAUGUAUGGAGUGAUCCAGUUUCUCUGCAUCCUCGCCAGCAUUUGGUGUUAUCACUGUUUUUCAUUUUAGCCAUUCUGAAUAUGGUUUCUAGUUUUAGGGUUUCUGAACUUCAAGUGUUACUAGGCUUUGCUGGACGGAAUAAAAGUGGACGCAAACAUGACCUCCUGAUGAGGGCGUUGCAUUUAUUGAAGAGUGGCUGCAGCCCUGCGGUUCAGAUUAAAAUCCGAGAAUUGUAUAGACGCCGAUACCCAAGGACUCUUGAAGGACUUUCUGAUUUAUCCACAAUCAAAUCAUCGGUUUUCAAUUUCGAUGGUAGCUCAUCACCUGUAGAACCUGACUUGGCCGUGGCUGGAAUCCACUCGUUGCCUUCCACUUCAGUUACACCUCACUCACCGUCCUCUCCUGUUGGUUCUGUGCUGCUUCAAGAUACUAAGCCCACAUUUGAGAUGCAGCAGCCAUCUCCCCCAAUUCCUCCUGUCCAUCCUGAUGUGCAGUUAAAAAAUUUGCCCUUUUAUGAUGUCCUUGAUGUUCUUAUCAAGCCCACAAGUUUAGUUCAAAGCAGUAUUCAGCGAUUUCAAGAGAAGUUUUUUAUUUUUGCUCUGACACCUCAACAAGUUAGAGAGAUAUGUAUAUCCAGGGAUUUUUUGCCAGGUGGUAGGAGAGAUUAUACAGUCCAAGUUCAGCUGAGACUUUGCCUGGCAGAGACAAGUUGCCCUCAAGAAGAUAACUAUCCCAAUAGUCUUUGUAUAAAAGUAAAUGGGAAGCUGUUUCCUUUACCUGGCUACGCACCACCACCUAAAAACGGGAUUGAACAGAAGCGCCCCGGCCGCCCUUUGAAUAUUACUUCUUUGGUUAGGUUAUCUUCUGCUGUGCCGAACCAGAUUUCCAUUUCUUGGGCAUCAGAAAUUGGAAAGAAUUACUCCAUGUCUGUAUAUCUUGUACGACAGCUCACAUCAGCCAUGUUAUUACAGAGAUUAAAAAUGAAAGGUAUUAGAAACCCUGAUCAUUCCAGAGCACUAAUUAAAGAAAAACUUACUGCAGAUCCUGAUAGUGAAAUUGCUACAACUAGCCUUCGUGUAUCCUUGAUGUGCCCUUUAGGGAAAAUGAGGCUGACAAUCCCAUGCCGUGCAGUGACUUGUACACAUCUACAGUGUUUUGAUGCUGCCCUUUAUCUGCAAAUGAAUGAGAAGAAGCCCACCUGGAUUUGUCCUGUGUGUGACAAAAAAGCUGCCUAUGAAAGUCUAAUUUUAGAUGGGCUUUUUAUGGAAAUUCUAAAUGACUGUUCUGAUGUGGAUGAGAUCAAAUUCCAAGAAGAUGGUUCUUGGUGUCCAAUGAGACCGAAGAAAGAAGCUAUGAAAGUAUCCAGCCAACCGUGUACAAAAAUAGAAAGUUCAAGUGUCCUCAGUAAGCCUUGUUCUGUGACUGUAGCCAGUGAGGCAAGCAAGAAGAAAGUGGAUGUUAUUGACCUAACAAUAGAAAGCUCUUCUGAUGAAGAGGAAGACCCUCCUGCCAAAAGGAAAUGCAUCUUUAUGUCAGAAACACAAAGCAGCCCAACCAAAGGGGUUCUCAUGUAUCAGCCAUCUUCUGUAAGGGUGCCCAGUGUGACUUCGGUUGAUCCUGCUGCUAUUCCGCCUUCAUUAACAGACUACUCAGUACCAUUCCACCACACGCCAAUAUCAAGCAUGUCAUCAGAUUUGCCAGGUUUGGAUUUUCUUUCCCUUAUUCCAGUUGAUCCCCAGCAGUACUGUCCUCCUAUGUUUUUGGAUAGUCUCACCUCACCCUUAACAGCAAGCAGUACGUCUGUCACCACCACCAGCCCCCAUGAAAGCAGUACUCAUGUUAGUUCCUCCAGCAGCAGGAGUGAGAGAGGGGUCAUAACCAGCAGUGAAAGUAACAUUCCUGACAUCAUCUCAUUGGACUAAAGGAGGACUUACUCGAGUCUAGGAAUCAUCAAACUGCUCUUUCUUGGAUCUCUGGUCCGUGGAGGCUAUUUUUUUGGUAACAAUUAGUUUGAUAUUUAUUGAAACGUCAGAUGGAUUCUUUUGCUUUCUGAGAGAUGAACACAGAUGACUACAGCAAGAACCAAAUGACAUGCAAGGAUUUUUCUUAUUCAUGCUGUGCUCUGAGCAUAAGAUACAUUCAGCCAUAACUGUAUCUUCUUAAGAGAUGGAUUUCAAGUUCAUAUGUUACUGGAUGGAUUCUACAAAUCAGUUAAAAAAAUUUUUUGUGGUAAUAAACAGCAAUAAAGUUAUGUAAAUAUUCAAGUAAACUUUUUUCUAAUUAAAAUAAGAUGUAAUCAGUAAUUCUAAAAUGACAGCAACUUCUGUUUAACCUGAUGUGAAGGAAAAAUAUAUGGAAAAGAAGUAUGUUUGCUGAAUGAGUCCUUUCCACGGAGAUUUGUUCUGUUUCAUUGAAGUAAUGAAGUUUUGAUAAGUGGCCAAAGCUUGGGUUCCACUUUUCUUCCUGCAGUUUCACUUUCUUCCUGAUUCCAUCAAAGAAAAAUGGCCUUUGUGUUAUGCUUUUUUCCCUGGUUGUCAUUUACACUUUGAAGUUGUUUGCUAAUGAAUGCGGAACGAAGUUCUGGGCUUUGGCUGCUCUUUAUUAGUGAUUAUGUUGAAGAACACUAUGCAGUUUCUGCCCUGACAUAAUAUGUAUUAUUUUUGGUAAUUGCACAUUUUCAUUCUAGAGAUUUCUAUCAAUUUGGGGCUUGCCUUCUCAAAAAAGAAAUUCUAUGCAGCCAUUGAAUGAAAUGUUUUUGGAGUAAGGUGUGGCUGGAACGUUCCUUAGAAUUUUGUUUGCACUGUCCAGAAAUAUUGAGAGAUGGAGGCAAUGGAGAAACAGAUUUAGGGGAGGAAGGAAUAACAAAGUUUAAUUUCUUCGUAAGAACUUCUUUUGCUCAUUUAUUUUAUAGAAUAGUAUACAAAUCUUUGAAACUUUUCAGAUUUUAGUAACACUGACAGAAUGUUUUAGAUCUCUGAUCAUAUUUCUCAACAAUGUAAUUUCAGUCUCAUAGCAAUGAUUUUCAAACUUCAAGAAAAAGCAAACAAUUGCAAAGAAUGGGGACAGCAUCAGAUUUUUUUCCCUUUUUUUAAAAGGAAAUCUUUCCUGAACUCACAAAAGACAAAACAGAAUUAGAAAUAUUUGAAUUUAAGUGAGGAAAGCUUGGAGAGGAUGGGCCUGAAGCCCACUUUGAAAACCACUCUUAUAAGUGCGUUUGAUUUUAAAUCCCUCAGGAAGCUGAGUUUUUACCCUUAGAGAAACAUUUUUACCCAAAUUUUAUAUUUUCCUUUGCUUUAUUUGGCUUCCUAAAUAAUUUUUGAGUUCUCAAGAAGUUAAUAUUUUCCUAAUGUUUAGCUGUCUCUCCCUAAGCUGUAUCUACUUUAGAAAUAAAACUCUUUUUAAAUCACUAAUCUGAUUUCUCAAACUGAAGUGCCCAGAUGAAGACUUCCAAUUUCAGUUAGAAUCAGGACAUGUUACUUCACGGUUGCUGCAACUCCAGGGAGCUGACUUGUCACUGCUUAGUUUUUUACACCUUUUCAAGUUUUCAUGGCCUGUGUGCUCCUUUUGUACUGAUUUAACUUCAUGUGAUUUUCUACAGCAUCCCUUCUUUCGCUACAUCAUGCUGUUAUAAAACGUAUUAUCACUUUUGGAGAGCUGCUUAUUAUUAAAAUGUGGAAAACAAACCUGAAUCUUCUCACAGUAGUUAUACCAUAGUUUUACCUUCUUAGUCAUUAGAUUUCCAGUCCAUGUUACAGUCCUUUGGUCCAGAUAUAGAAUUUCUUCCUAGUAAAAUUUUAUGUUGCUGCUCUAAAUACAGAUGCAAUUUCAGUUAACUCUGUAAUCAGAUACAAAAGGUAACCUGAUUUGUGUGGUAUAAUUUGUUAAUAAAGAAAUGGUGUAUA